AUGACCGACCUAACGCCCACCUUCAGCAGCCUCCUAUCCAAGCAUGGCUCCUCGACACACACAAAGGCCACAACCAGAACAGCAGACGAAUUCCUAAAAGAGGCCUACAGAAUCAACCACCACAUAACAUCCCUCCUAGCCUACCUCCAAACAAUCCGACACCCCUACCUCUCAACAACCCCAAACCGCCGCAAUGCCAACACCAACCCACCAACCACCAAAUCACCACCACGAAACACCCAUACUACCCUCCCAACAACCCAAACCCUAACAGAUCCAGAACGCGACAACAUAGACACACAAACCUCCCUCCUCCUCCGCGACCUAGCAAACUCCCUCAACAACCUCUCAAGUGCGGAAACCCUCCGCCAAGAAACCGAACAAACCCUCCUACACAAGAAAUACGGGCACAGCAGCGCAAGUGCGCUCCUCUUCCGCUGGGCGGGCGGAGCGGGCGUCACCGACGAAAGUAGCUCUCAGGGCGGUAAAUCCGCCGAACAGAUCACGGCCGAGGAGAAGGCGCGCGCGCUGAAGACGGUGCGCGAGGGCGUGCUGUGGUUCCUUCGGAGGGGGCUUGAGGGUGUUGUUGGUGUUCAGCGGGGUCUUGUUGAGAAGAGAAUUGAGAGGGUUAGGGAGAGGGAGAAGAGUGUUCUUUAUAAGGUUGCUGCUGGGAGGGAUGUUGGGAGUGCUGGUGGAACUGCUGGUGGGAGGGGGAGUGAGAAGACGGGGGCAUAUGGUGGUGGUGGUGGUAGUGGUUCUUCUGGGGCAUUCGAUUCUUCUUUCACUGCGCCUGACGCCAGCACGCUUAGUGAAGCGGAUACGGCGCGCAUCGAGGCUCAGCUUUCGCCGGAGCAGUUGCAGCUCUUUGCUGAGGAGAAUGAUUCUAUGUUGAGGCAUUAUGAGGAUACGUUGGGGAAGGUGCAAAAUGCAGAGAAAUCACUCCUUGAAAUCUCUUCUCUGCAAGAGACUCUCGUUACGCAUCUUGCUACGCAGGAAGAAUAUAUUACACAGCUUGUUUCGGAUGUUGAUACGACGCAGACGAAUGUCGGGCAGGGAAAUCGGGAGCUGAAGCGUGCUACUGAGCGGCGGAGUACGGCGCAGGCUGUAUUUUGGGGAACUGUUGGGUUGUGUACUUGGCUUGUUGUUUGGGAUCUGGUCUUUUGA